AUGUUUCUCUCUAACCUUUUCGCGAUUGUGUUAACCAUCUGGGUGGAAAGCUAUGCAGCAUCGGCCAGCAAGACACUCGACGUUGCUGCAAUCCCGAAUUUUAUGGAAAUUGACUACUCCCAGCCUCCUGUCGCCCAAGGUGUCAUCGAAACCACCGUCAUUCCAGAGCUAGCCGGAUUCAAUUUGACCACCGUUAAUGGUAGUCUAAUAUAUGACCUUCCCAAAGGUGGCAUCGACAUUUCCGAGGAGCUCUACGAGAAGUUGUCCGGAAAGAAGCCAGACCAUGACCUCUUAACCAAGCGCUAUUGCGAAAAUCCCUGCAACUGUGGUACACAUAAGGUCUGGCAUUUGGAUAGUGGCAAUUGGAACAAGUUCCUCGGUAAAUACAAAGUUUUGUCGGCGGUUUUAUGCGGACCCGGGACAAUCACAAACACAUUCAGCGAGGCAUAUACAUACACUGUUGCCGGCCAGAUCGAUCCGUCCAUAGGCAUUAUGGAUGGAAAAUUUCUGUCGAAACUCGGUUUGAAGCUUACCUUCCAAUAUUCGUUUGGUAAUGUUGUUGCAACAGGAUAUGGUGGUACCUGUGGCCAAUACCAUCCUUGCGUCUCUCUGUUCAGACCUUGGAUUGGAGUGGUCAAGGGUCGUGGUCGAUGGACUCAACUUAGCAAUGAUGGCAACAAGCUCUGUGGUAGUGGCUACGGCGGCGACAUAGAGAUUCAUCUCCCUAUUGUUAAGGAUUGCAAUGAUAAGCAGUGUGGUGCUGAUGGUGUUUGGAGCCACUGCUACUACUUGGGGAAUUAUGCUAAGGCUAUGUGUCACACUCUUGGCCCAACUCCGAAGGAUGCAUGCCCCGAUGAGGUUUACCCAAAAUGA